AUCUCUUGCCUGUCAUUAAAAAUAACUGCCUGGCAGGGUUUAGGGUCCAGCUGAGGCAAAAAACGUCCAUUGUGUAUGUGCAGUGUGUAAUACCUGACUGUGAGCCUGCUGGAUAAGCUGCCCUGUACUAAGAAAGAAAGCAGUGCAGAUAUUCCUGGUACUUACAAGUCUGGAAGAGGAGUUCUUGUCUAGUCAUACAGCCUGAAGGCAUUCUGUCUCAAGUUCUCCAACCUGAAUUAACAUCUGGCUCUUCAGCAAAGUCAAGCCAAGGAGAGAAGGGUCACCCUGACCUGUUUCAGGUCCCAGAGAAGAGGGAGGACCGCACUCUCCCCAGCCAGCACUCCCUUUAAAGGGCGAGGACUUCUGGUCUGAAGCAGAGGGUGACAAGAGGUGCUCUGUCUCUGAAUCCAUCAUGGAACAGAUCAAUGGAUCUGUCCAGAUGGAGUGUGCACUGCUGUACACCUUCCUGGAGGCAUCCUCUGACUGCAAGUUCAGAGAGCAGCUGCAUUCCCUGCAAAGCCAGGGGAUUGUGCCAUUCCUGAAAGACAGCUGCUACUAUGAUGAUGAGGUGGAACUUCAGACCGAUGGCAAUCGGAGUGGCCACUUGCAGAACGGUGAGCUAGUGUUUGACCCUGAGGUAAAUGAAGUUGUCCAGACCAUUGCUGCUCAGCUUGCUGAGAUUGGAGACCGGUUUGAUAAAGAAAUCAAUGCAAGAGUAGUAAAUGACCUAAUGCAGCACUUCCUGAACAAGAAUCUGUCUGGAGAGGAGAUAAUCCGGCACAUGUCGGAGGCAGUGGAAGGGCUUGCACGAGCCAUCCCCUUAGACAUGGAACAGGAGAAGGGCAUGUUGGUGCUAGCAAUGGUCUUAACUAAAAAAAUUGCAAAUACAAUGCCCUCCCUUCUACCGCGUGUCUUCAACACCACUGUGAACUACAUCAGGCAGCAGCUCCACAACUACGUUGUCAGAAUGCUGGAUAACUGAGCUCGCCAGCCCUCUGUGUGGAGGAUGCGGAUUCCUGAAGACUCUUUACUUCAUGUGUGUGAAUCUCUUUUUCUGCUCUCAACUUCUGAGAUACAGCUGUGAAAGGGAAGGCAGAGCUUCAUAGAUAGGCUGUUGUAGACUAGCACAGCAAUGAUAGUGAUAGUGUGAGCUGUGUGCCAGCUCUGCUGGUGCCUGUGAGGGGUAGUGCUUGCUCUCUCUGUGGGUGUUUGUUUUUUUUUUUUUUACUUUCCUAGCCUUUGUGCAGACCCUGGCCUGUGCCCCUGGAGGAAGUGCCGUGAGCAGAGCCUGAACUUCAGUAUUUUUUUGAAUUAGCUGUAGCAUUUUGCUUUAGUUAAGCUCUUCCCAGUCCAGCUCCAGGUGCUGCAGCUGAGCCACACUGAGUGUUACUGUUCCCAGAAAGGCCUCAAGCUGUAAAAUGGGUGGCUGAUCAACACAGAUCACCAAAGGGGGGAGGGGGCUUGUAUGUCAAUCAGGUCUAUCUUAGUGAGGAGCUGGCAGCAAGAGAGACACUGACAGAGACUGAGGUGUUUGACCAGGAAAAGCUGAAGUAAAGAUACUUCAAUAUUAAUUGCCAUAAACCUGUGCUUGCUUGAAAAAUUAAAACCAAACAAGAAUCUAAAGAAAAGGGCAGGGCUAGGUACAGGGCAAAUUCUUUCAGGGAAUGCAACCUGGAUAUGCUUGAGGAAAAGUGUUUAGCUUUAGAAUGUCAUGCUAUAAAGGGAAAGAAGGUAUCAGCCUUGGACCUGGCAUUUCUUAUGAGUAUUGUAGUCACAUCUCAGGUUCAACAAACUGUGACUCAGGUUGAUUUGAUACAUACCUGUCAUGACUUCACCUAUGAUCCAGCAGCCUCAGAAGUUCUGAAUCGAUGUAAAUAUUUUGUGGUUUUUUUUUUUAACUUAAAUAAAAUUGUCAGUUCUUAUGGCAA